UUAUUAUUUACAUUUAAUCCAAAUUUCAAAACGUUUAUCAUGCCGAUCCCUUUCAAGCUCCUCCCUUUUGCUUCCCUUUCUCUUUCUUUUGUCUCAUCUUCUUCACAAAAGUGAAAAGGAAUUAGGAAUAUAUUUACUUACUUAUCAUUGUUCUGUACAUCACUGUGCAUUGCAUCCUCAGACCUCAAAACCUAGGAUAAAUGCACUGGAGAAGGGCAGACUUCAGGUGUAUGCUAGCAGGAGCUUGGUUUCAGAAAGCAUCUUACUUGGUUGGUGACCAUCUAAGCAUAUUGAUAUUUGAAGAAAUAGAACUUGUAUAGAUGUAUUAAAUAAUUGCUGGAUGGAAGUUUGAUAGUCUCCUAUGUCAGAUUCAAAACACUGUGUAGCUAUUUUCCUUCAAUGCUUUCUUGCUUCAUUUUGUGUGGUGAUGCUCAGGAGACAACCUUUCUGUUGCCAGAAAAAAAAUAGCUAACACGGGUGCUCUUUGUUGUGUGGCCGCUGGGCCACAUGGAGCAAAGUCACCUACAGGUGGUAGGGACUCUUUGAACAAUCAUGAUGAACCUCAUUGGCGGACAAACUCUAGCUUCUCACCUCCUCCAUUGAGGAUGUGGGAUUGCAGAUUACACUCAGAUGUUUUACACCAUGGAUCUCAUGUAGUUCAUGGUUCCUCACUAUCCUCAAACAGCAGAGGAAGCAAAAGUUGGGUUUGCAGUGAGCGGUUAACCAAUCAUCAUCAUUCUGUUUCUGAUGGGGUGCUCUCUUAUUCUGAUAGCCUGCCUGAUAAUGUUCAGGAACCCCGGUGGACAUCACCAGUUCAAAAGUUUAAUUUAGGCGAGGUUGCUGCCUCAACUGCAGGAGGAUCAAGAUCCCAGACCCUUAGUUUUCCUUCUGCUGAGAGGCGAUUGGCUGUUAGAGCUACUGCAGUAUCACCUAGUUUUGGGUCCCCAUCCUCACUUUCUGAGUCCAGCCACUGGGCAUCAACUAGCAAACGGCCCUUUGCUUUCUACAAUAGCAACUUUCCAAGCCGACGCCCUUACAUGUCAAAAGCUGUUUACCCUUUAGUAUUCCGCAACCCUGUGUCAGAUUGUGAAACCUUUAAUGAUGCUGAUAUCAGCAAUAUUGGUAGGUUGACACCAGGUGAGAAUCUGACAUCACCAUCUUGCUGGCCUGAUAACAGUCCAGGUGUUGAGUAUAAGUUCCACAAAACCAUCACUGAACUUCAAAAGUUGGAGACAUCACCAGACCACAGUGCAAGCUCCAGAAGAGAGGGAUUUCGGUGGAGCAGUGCCAGUAGUUAUGAUUUAGGGCUUGAUGGUGACAGGUUUGACAUGGCAGAGCAUAUGGAUAUGGAGAGUCUGAGGUCACCUAACAGUGCUGUGCCAGACCAGAAGUGUGGAGUUUGUGGAAAGCUUUUGUGGCAGAAGUCUCCGUGCAGUUCACAUCGAAUCAUGAGAGGUGGCGACAUGCCUAUUGCUGGGGUGCUACCCUGCAGUCAUGUGUUCCAUGCUGAAUGCUUAGAACAAGUGACUCCAAAGACCCAGAUACAUGACCCCCCUUGCCCCUUGUGCUUGAAAACCAUAGGAGCAGUUGAAGAAUCCCCGUCAGUCUCAGAGCCCUUGCAGGUGGCCCUAAGAUCCAUACGGAGAAACAGCGGGAUGGUGAUAUCUGAAGCCCAUGGGAGUCACAUUAAUAGUGAAAACUGUACUCCCCUCAAGGGCAGGUUGAGGAAAAACUGGCUUCGAACAGUACCACGGCAGAAUGAUAAUGGUUCUUCAUUAACAACCCGCCUUAAAAGGCGUUUCACAUUGAGGGGGAAGGUUGGUAAAGAUAUUUUCAGUAAUAAGUUAUUUCACAAAAUGGGUUCAUCUUCUAGUGGGGAACCAAUUUGACGCCAAAUGUUUAUGCAGUAGUCUCAUGUAUGUAUCCUUGUGCAAGAAGAUUUGAAUAUUGAAUCCUUGGUGAACCCUUUCUCUUCAAGAUAUUUUCUCAGCUUAUUUGGGUUCA